AGGGAAGCGGCAGGUUCGUCGCCGUCGCUCGCGCCGCGGCUCUGGCGGGAAGCGGGGGGGUGCGCGCGCGUGCGCGUGCGCACGGGCCGGUCCGGGGGUUCCGCUCUCCCGCCCAACCGUCCGCGGGGCGGGGGGGCGGCCAUCGCGGACUGCGGUGAGGGCGGGAGGGCUCCUGCCGCCCCCUCCUCCCGGAGGUGGGGUGGGGAUGGCGGCGCCUUCUUCCGACAUGGGCUCGUAGGGUCGGCGCGAAGGCCUCUGAGGAGCGCGCUUCGCCGCCGCCGCCUCGCCUCAGGGAGGGAAGGGGCUCCCGCCGCGCUAGGCCGUGGCCGGAGGACGGAGCAUGGCCAGCCCCGCCAAGUGGGAGCGUCUGAGGCCGCUGCUGCCGGACACGCUGCGUGUGAGCAAGCCACCACCACCAGUGAUCAACCUGAAUGUGGAUGAUGAUGUACAGUUUGUGAGAAGAACUGUAAAGGUCAGAAAGCCUCGAUUUGAUGCAUCUUUGGUCUACUUGACCCGAAAAUUCAUGGAUCUUGUCAAAACAGCUCCAGAUGGUGUCCUUGAUUUAAAUGAGGUAGCAACAACACUUGGAGUACGAAAACGAAGAGUGUAUGACAUCACCAAUGUGUUGGAUGGAAUCCACUUAAUUCAGAAAAGAUCUAAGAAUCUUAUCCAGUGGGUAGGAUCCAAUCUUGACCAAGUUGUUGGAAAAGCACCAGAGCAUCAAAACAUUAAAGAUGAGCUUUCUGACUUGUCAGCCAUGGAAGAAGCUCUGGAUGAAUUAAUCAAGGAUUGUGCUCAUCAGUUAUUUGAACUAACAGAUGACAAAGAAAAUGCAAAACUAGCUUAUGUAACAUAUCAAGAUAUCCGUAGCAUCCAAGCAUUUCAAGAACAGAUUGUGAUUGCAAUCAAAGCUCCAGAGGAAACCAAACUGGAAAUACCAGUUCCUAAAGAAGAUUGCAUAGAAGUACAUGUGAAGAGCACAAAAGGACCCAUUGAUGUGUAUCUAUGUGAGGUGGAACAAGAGAAGCCAGGUGCCAAAACUUUUGAAGAUAUGGAUGCUGUCACUUCUGAAACUGAGCCGUCAGUUCCUCCUGAUGAAGUGAGAUCUCCAGGGGAAGAAAAAAACCCAACCACCUGAGAUGACAGAUUAAUUACAACUCAGAAAUCUAAUACAAAAUGUAAAUAUCCGUGUUAUAGAGCUUUUCCAAAGCCACUUGGAUCUGCAAACUUACUAACCUGAAAAGUUCCAAAGUGUUUUAAAUUUAAAGCAGCAGUGGGUUGGUUGAGUGCUUUCACAGGAUUGCUUAUCUUCCCAAGUCAAAAGACAACAUUGCUUUUAGGAGCUUUGUUUUCAUAAUUGCAUGUGAUCUGCAGAGCUUUGGGAAAAUGGUAUUUUUAGCUUAUGAAAUAAUUUUAUUUGACAGAAAACAUAGGCAAUUAAUUACUUCUAAAAAUGAAGAUUUGAAAACUUUCUGGAACGAUCCACAAUCCUUAUGAGAAUGUAUAUAAUAAAUGCACUUUUCAGUUCUGAGGCUGCACUACUACUAAGCAGGAUUGUCAGAUAAAGAGUGUAACAAAGAACUGGUGUAUCAAAAGACUUUACUACAAGGAACAAAAUGUAAAUACUAAGAGAUAUGCCUUACACUGUGUAGAUGCUGUUUGCAUUGUUUGCAUGCAGCUCUGCAUCAACUGUGGUAUCAACACUGAACUUAAAUAAUUGGGCUUUUUGUAUAUAUCUGUAUCAUGUCUAAGUAGUUACUGAUGUAGAUUUAUUGAGAUGGUUUGCAUUUCUGCCUUUGUACAGCAAAGAAAUAAAAUAAGCUUGUAAAAAUA